GAGGGGCAAGAGAAAGAUAGAGAUACACAGAGAUUGAGAGAUAACUUUAAUUGUGACCUCCAGCACCACACAGAUAAAGCAGAAUGAUCCAGGUCUGUUGUGAUAAACUUCUUGCAUUUCACCUACUGCUCAUCUCCUUCCACCUCAUGUCAGUGGUGAAAUGUGGGUCAAAUGAGAUCUUGACUUUAACAGCAAAUGAAAGAGGAAAAGUUGAAAUACAGUGUCCAUAUGAGUCACGAUAUGAAGAAAAUGUGAAGUAUCUCUGUAAGGGCGAAUGCAAAAUACUAAAUAAAGACAUACCUGUAAGUUCUGGAUCGACAGCCAAUGAUAAAAGAUUCUCUCUGAUUGAUAACUCAACGACUCACAUCUUUACUGUCACCAUCACUGAUCUGAGACCAGAGGAUGAACACACAUACUGGUGUGGAGUAAAGACAGGCUUUGGACACUUUGAUGACAAUACAAAGAUUCUACUGAAAAUUAAACAAGAUGGUGCAGGUUCAUUCAAUUCUAUAACGACACCAAAACCCCUAAAAAUAUAUAUCAACACCAACCAACCAGCAUGUGCACAUUUUACCGUCACCACUGUGACUUCAUCAUCAUCACAUUCAUAUGCAGAGUUACCAACAAUGAAAUCAGCAGAUUUGAUUGCGAUCACCACACUGUCAAUCACAGUGACUCUGCUUGUGUUUGGACUUUCACUCUUUGUGUGCAGACUCAAAAGAGUAAAGAAUGUUCUUGUCAUCUCUGGAGAUGAGGGACUUUGUGCCACCAAAAAUGAUUCCGAAUUAUGUACCUAUUCAUCCUGUGUUUACACCAGUGGUAAUCUACCCACAAAUUCCUCUAAAAUCGAGAGCUUUGUUUGUGUUAUGGCACAUUUGCCUACAAACCCUUCUGAGAUGAACCACUUACACCACUGCUCAGCUGCCCAGUUGAACCAGAGUGUUAACCUAGUCUUAAAGAAUGAACGUUACUAUAACUACAUUUUUGUAAACUGACUUUUGCAUGCCGCUUUCUACAUUUUGCUGCAGUUUCCUGGUGAAAUGAACACUAGAGGUGCAACAACAGCUGUGUGUUUUAUUCACUUUCACACAAAUCAUGAGUACAACGGCUGAUUCUGACUUUAUAAACACAUAUUUUUCAAUCUGUUACACAAACACUGCUAUAUUAUGAUAUCAAAACACUUUUACUGUAAUGCAUCAUUUGAAAAUUUACACAUGUAACGCAUGUGUUACAGACCCACCUACAUUUACACAUUACUUAUUCCAACGUGAUUAGAUUGCGCGGUAACUCACCUUAUAGUGUGUCAGACUUUGAACUCGAAUACCGAGUCUCAAGCCCAGCCAAAGAUGCUCGAAAUUAAAGAGAAAGUGAAUCGAAAGUAGAUGCAACACAAAAUGGCAUGGUUGCUUCAGAAAAUGCACUUUUCAUGUCACAUUUGCUCUUUCAACACUAUCGGUUAGGGUUAGGUGUUGGUUUAGGGUUAGGAUGUCUGUUUAGUUCACUUCUCAUAUGCUUUUAGAACAAAACUGGUUAGGUUUAGGCUAAAGUUUUAGAUUAAGGAAGUACAUUUUACUCAUUAAAACCUCCAUUUAAUAUUAACCUUAAAAAACUUGCUUUUGGCGCCCCCGCUGGACAUUUCAUUAGGAAACUGCAGCCAAACAUGUAAUACAGCACGUAAUUUCUUCAAGUGUGAAGGUAUGAUGCCAAACCAGUCAUUACAAUUAAAGUAGCCUGCAAGACCAGAUAGCACAUAUUGUUGUUCAUGUGCCCUUUCCAUUUCCAAAAAUAUUUAAAACUUCAGAGGUUCCAUCUCCAUAUUAACCUGCACACCUGUCUUUUGUUUUAUUAAUAAGGCACUCUCCUACGACAAGUCACUUGUGGGCCGCUACUUUUUUGCAGAAGAGUCUGUAGAUUUCACAAUGUAUAUCUAAGAUGAUGUUUCAAGGGUUUAUUGAUUCACAUUUUUCACAUUAUACUUUGCAAAUUGGAUGUAUAAAAGCACCUCUGUUUUAUAUCUGCUACCAUGAUGUUAUUCAAGAUGACACACUCCCUGUCUUGUUCUUUUGAAUAAUUCAAAUACUCGUCACAUGCCCCCAGAUCUUUAAAAACUCUUGUGUGUACUACAUUAGAGUAAAUCUGAGUAGUCCUCAUCCCGUCUUUUUCCUACUUAAUUGACUGUAGCUUUUCCCCUGACUGCUCCAUUGGUUAUAUUUUGUAUUGAUUCUUUUAUUGAUUAAACUACACUUAGACUU